UCGUUUAUACUUCCUUUUAGAAAUACCGAUUUUCUAGGAACGGAGCUUUCCAUGAGAGCCAACAAACGGUGUCACGCCUGAAACGGGUUUGUGUGUAACGAGUCAUUUACACAUAUACCAGACACUUGACAACACUCAAAAACUACCAUCCGCCAGGUGUAGAAUGAGUUGUAACUGUUCGUCGUCCAGCUCGAGUGGCGGGAACUCGUCCUCCUCCUCCGCCAGCGCCACUGGUGGGGACUGUUCCUGCUCGUGCUCCUCCUCCGCGUCCGACAAAGGAGCGUCCGCAUCCUCCUCCUCCAGCGGGUCCAGUUCCUCGUCCAGUUCCUCAUCCUCGUCCUCGUUUAACAAGUUCGAAAGAGACGGGACAUUUGAAAUAGGUAUGGCUCAAGCCGGAACGCUGGCGGCGCUUGAUGAAAGACAGGUGAUAUAACACAUUCGGGAAAUCGGCAACGGUCCGAAACGAAGAAAACCAUUUGAAAAACAAAACAAAAAACCCAGACAUUUUGGCGUCACGAUAUGUACUAAACAAAACCCGUUAAGGAAAUGCUUUACAGGACUUUUGGUUUUUGCUAAAUUCCAUUGAUUAUGGAAUUCCUUCGUAGCUGAAUCUCACCCUGAAUCAAGAUAAUAAACAUACAUUUCUAUGUGUA